UGUGAAAGAAUGAGGAUGAGUUUUGGGUUGACUUUCAGGGCAGCAAAAGGCCACUGGAUGGUGAAUAUCAGCCGGCAGUGCUCACAUGGAUCCAUUGGAUUAUUUGUGCCACCAAGUCCUCCUCGGGACCCUGAGAAGGUCAAAGAGUUACAGCGCUUCAUCACUCUUUCCAAGAGACUCCUAGUGAUGACUGGGGCAGGAAUCUCCACUGAGUCGGGGAUCCCAGACUACAGGUCAGAAAAGGUGGGACUCUAUGCCCGCACUGACCAGAAACCCAUUCAGCAUGGGGAUUUUCUACGGAGUGCUCCAAUCCGCCAGCGGUACUGGGCGAGAAACUUUGUAGGCUGGCCUCGGUUCUCCUCCCUCCAGCCAAACCCUGCACAUUGGGCUCUGAGCAACUGGGAGAGACUCGGAAAGCUAUACUGGUUGGUGACCCAAAAUGUGGAUGCCUUGCACACGAAAGCAGGGAGUCAGCGCCUGACAGAACUCCAUGGAUGCAUGCACAGGGUUCUUUGCUUGGACUGUGGCGAACAGAUUCCCCGGGCGGUGCUGCAGGAGCGUUUUGAAGCCCUGAACCGCACCUGGAGUGCCGAGGCCCAUGGCCUGGCUCCGGAUGGCGACGUCUUUCUCACAGAGGAGCAGGUGCAGAGCUUUCAGGUCCCGUCCUGCGCUCGAUGUGGAGGCCCCCUGAAACCAGAUGUCGUUUUCUUCGGGGACACAGUGAACCCUGACAAGGUUGACUUUGUGCGCAGGCGUGUAAAAGAAGCGGACUCCCUCUUGGUAGUGGGCUCAUCGUUGCAGGUGUACUCCGGCUACAGGUUUAUCCUCACUGCCCGAGAGAAGCAGCUCCCAAUUGCAAUACUUAACAUUGGGCCCACACGGUCAGACGACUUGGCAUGUCUGAAGCUGGAUUCUCCUUGCGGAGAGUUGCUGCCUUUGAUAGACCCACGCUGACCACAGCCUGGUGAUCCUGAGCCCGAAGCUGGGACUUUCACUGUAAUCCUAUUAAAGGUUCAUAAGGAUUCCUUACUUCUUCCUCUAACUAAUCAAGCUCAGAGUGCAGCCUGUAGAGGGCAGCAAACCAACAUCUUUCUCCCAGCCCCUCUCGGGCCGGUUUGAGUGUGGCUGAGAUUUGACCCUGAAGAAAGACUUUUUCAAAGCAGCGGCUGCUCUUGAUAGGGAAAACUGCCCUCAUUUGCUUUUUAUCUCACCAGGCAGAAGAAACAGCUUGGGAAAUAUGUAGGCCAGAACGGUCUCUGGAGUGCUAACCCAGGAAUCUCACUAAUGUGGGGGUGAGGGGAGAAGAAAAUGACUUCAUUUAUAAUUACAAAUGGUUAAAUGUCUCUAACUGAAACAUUUUGAUAUUUCUUUUUAAAGAUGAGUAAUAGUAUGAAUGAAUUUUUUAUUAACUAAGGAAUAAAGGAACCAUA